AUGGCCCAACCACUCCGCGUGAAGAACAAAGGUAAUAAACUUUCAGAUGAAGGUUUAAGCAGCAGAAUCGCAGCUGCCAACUUCCUGUCAAAAAGCCCCCAGUUUGGAGGCAGGACUUCUGAAUUAUCUAACAGAACAUCAGUGUUCUGUGAACAAACUGAACAGUUCUUUGUAUCUCAUUCUCAUAUGAUUCAGGAGAAGCCAAAGAAGUUGCAAUAUUCCUCUGAGAAUGUUUUCUCUAUUGGCUAUGAUCAGAGUCUCUUUAGUUCAUUAAUAUCCCCCCCUCAAAAGAUGACUUGCCAUCAUUGUGGUCUAUUUGGAUCUCUGAGAUGUUCACAAUGUAAGCAGAUAUGCUAUUGUUCUACAGACUGCCAGAAGAAAGAUUGGCAAACGCAUGGUGUUGUAUGCAAGCCAAUUAAGCAGGAUGUAAGCAGUAACAAUGGAGGCAAGCUACCUGCUAAAGCCAAGAGGAGAGUUUAUCUUAAGGGUAAUUCAGGGCCUGUGGAUUCUGUCAAGAUAGAAGAGCAGAUCAAGAAAAUAAUGCUUUCGGAUCUCCAAACUCUAGGGCUCAAAAAAGCUAUGGAAAUAAAGGGUAUAGUAACAGAGUUCAGGAAUCCGUGUGAAUUUUAUGUCCAGAUAAGUUCUCCAGAGGUUUUAGACCACAUCAAUAAAAUUUCUGUGAAACUGCAAGACUGUUAUGCUAAUAUGGUUAUUCAAGAGGAGUAUAUUCCUAUCAAAGGAGAAGUCUGCGUUGCAAAAUAUUCUUUAGAUCAGACCUGGAAUAGAGCACUGGUAAAAGAUGUGGAUGUGUUGCAAAAGAAAGCCCAAAUAUUCUACAUUGAUUAUGGUAAUGAAGAAGAUAUUUCACUCUCCAGGAUCAAAGCGCUCCACAAAGACAUUGAACGGUUUCCUCCAUGUGCCAUUAAGUGUUCCCUUGCUAAUUAUGAUCCAACACAAGAAGGAUGGAAUGGAGGCAUCACCAGCUUUGCUCCGCAGUUCAUGGGAAAGCACUGUUCAGUAACUGUUGUUGACAUACUACAGGAAGACAUGAUGCUGAGUUUUGCUGUAGAUGUUGUUCUUCCAGAAUCUGGGAAAUGUCUAGAUGAAGUACUGUUAGAAGGGAGGUCUGAUAUAACUUCAAGGAACGGUGCCACGGGAACAGACUCUCCAAGAGUUGCAAAGUGUGUCUGUGUGUGUAUUGGAGAUGCAUUUUCUGGUGUGGUUUCUUACGUUCAAACUCCAGAAAACUUUUUCUGUCAGCAGAUGCACAAUGGACAUCGUCUUGCUGAGCUUCAAGUGUCUCUUGGUGAAUAUUGUGACAAAAUUCCCAGUGUCCCAGAUUUCCGUCCUGCUGUUGGAAAUGUGUGCUGUGCCCAAUUCACAGAAGACAAUCUUUGGUAUCGUGCUGCCAUUCUAGGAUACGCUUCUGAAGAUACUGUUCUAGUGGGCUAUAUAGAUUAUGGUAAUUUUGAAGUUCUUCACCUAACUAGACUUCGUCCUAUGAUUCGGAGAUUAAUGGACUUUCCAGUUCAAGCUAUAAGAUGUACUUUGGCAGGUGUAAAGCCACUGAUGGGAGCCUGGACCUCAGAAGCUAUUUCUCUCAUGAAGCAACUGGUGCAAGACAAAGUGCUCACAGUAAAAGUAGUUGAUAAAAAGAGUAAUAGCUCUGUGGUGGAGCUCUUAGAUGCAUCAGUUACUCCAGUAAAAAAUAUCUCAAACUGUCUCAUAGAAAAAGGCUGUGCAGCUGAGGAGUCAAAGAUGUCCUCGCCAGCAAUUGAAACGAGUGAUGUUGAGGAGGAGGCAAAUGAGAAUGCAACAAACAAAAGCAUUUGGAUGUGGAGUAAAUUAACUCUUAAACAAACAGUAGAUGUGAUAGUGUGUACCCUAUACAACCCCGGAGAAUUCUACUGUCAGAUUUCAAAUAGCAGUGAGUUACUUGCUCUAAACUCACUUAACAAAUCAUUGUCUGAAUACUGUCAAAAAACUCCACCAAGUGUUUUUAACCCUAAGAAUGGAGAACCUUGCUGUGCUUUUUUCUCUGCUGAUGGUAACUGGUACCGUGCUUUGGUGCAAAACGUUACUUCAGAUGGAGCUGUUAAAGUAUGCUUUGUAGACUACGGAAAUGUUGAGGAAGUACCACUGGAUAAAAUUCGUCAGAUUUCAUCUUCAUUCCUAAAACUCCCAUUUCAAGGAAUUAAAUGCUGGCUUUCAGGUAUAAAGCCUGUUAACAGCAAAUGGAUCCCAGAAGCUACAGCAAGAUUUCGUAUGUAUGCUGCAGGGAUAAAGCUUCAAGCCAGAGUAGUUUCCUUUUCCAGAGAUGGGGCAGGUGUAGAGCUCAUAGACAAUUCCACAGGUCGUCCGAAAGUGAUCAAUGAGAUGUUAACUUGUGAACGGUUGGCUGUGAAGGAAGUUUUACAAGAUAAAAAUAAGUGUCCAAAUAAAUUUGUUGACAAAAAAGAGUCCUCACUUGGGCAAUGGAAGUCAGUAGAAUUGGCUGUAGAUGAAACCCUAUCCGUCUGUGUAACAGAGGUCAUAAGCCCAGUCUUGUUCUAUGCUGUACCAAUUAAAACCAGAGAUCAAGAGACACCACAUAUGCAUUUGGUUGACCUGGAAGACUAUUGCAAAUCUUGUAACAAGCAGUCCUUUAAACCCAAAGUGGAUGAAGCCUGUUGUGCGAAGUUUUCAGGUGAUGGCCGUUGGUACAGAGCUCUUGUUUUGAAAGUUUCUCAGUCCUUAGUGAAAGUACUAUAUGCAGACUAUGGGAAUACAGAAACUUUACCACUUUCAAGUGUGCUACCAAUCACUGAUUCAUACUUGAAGCUACCUUUUCGGAUAAUUAAAUGUUCACUUGCAGGAAUAAAGGAAGCUGAGUGGCCUCCAUUAUUACUAGAUAGGUUAAAAGAAAUGUUAUUGAAUAAAUAUGUCACAAUUACAGUGAAAGGGAUUAGUGGCAAUGUUAAUUUAGUAAUAGUGGAGAAACUCUCUGAAAGUGGUAGUCUGAAUGUAGCUGACAAACUGGUAAUGGAAGGCUUGGUCAAAUACUGCAGUACUGAGAACUCACGUGUUCUACAUCAAGGCUGCGGGAGUGAUACCAAAUGCUGCUGCACAGAAUUGAGAGUGCAGCUUAAGAAGCAUGAACAGAUUCUCCUCUUUCUUUUAAACAAGUACGGGAAUUGUGAUGGAUUCAGUGAAAUGAAAAAACUGUUGAAUUGUUAA